AACAUUUACCAAGAAGAUUUGUUUGUGGCAACAAGUGAGCAAAGUCCAAGACCGUCCAUCUACUAUAUUAAAUACAUAUACGAGAGAAAUUUCAUACUCUAACAAAAUGUUGAAAAUUGGUAAACAAGUGAUACAGGUUCCAAGAACGCAAUAUUUUCUACGAUACUCUACAGCUGCCUUGCCCAAGGCUAAAGUGCAACAUGAAGUGAAAGAAGAAACGAAAACAAAUACCUCUUUUAUGGCCAACAUAUUUCGAGGAAAUUUAGUAUCCACUCAAGUCUUUCCAUAUCCAGAUGUUCUUAGUCAAGAGGACAAAGAACUGACCCAAAGUCUGUCGGAACCCUUUCAACGAUUUUACGAAGAAGUUAAUGAUGCUGCCAAAAGCGAUGAGGAUUGCAAAACUGAUGAUAAAACCCUAGAUAAGUUAUGGGAAUUGGGUGGUUUUGGCAUACAAGUUCCCCAGGAGUAUGGCGGUUUGGAGCUGAACAAUACACAAUAUGGUCGUCUUGGUCAAUUCGUAGGUUAUAAUGAUUUGGGCUUGGGUGUAACAUUGGGAGCUCAUCAAAGUAUUGGCUUUAAAGGAAUUUUGCUGUAUGGCACUCCAGAACAAAAAGCCAAAUAUUUGCCACAAGUAGCUACCGGAAAAGUAUUUGCUGCAUUUUGUUUAACGGAACCCAGUGCUGGCUCAGAUGCUAGUUCCAUUAAAUGUAAAGCUGUAAAGUCUGCCGAUGGUAAACAUUAUAUACUGAAUGGUUCUAAAAUUUGGAUUUCCAAUGGUGGCAUGGCCAAUAUUUUCACUGUGUUUGCCAAAACUGAAGUUGUUGAUAAAGUAACGGGAGAGAAAAAGGAAAAGGUUACAGGAUUUAUUGUGGAACGAGCAUUUGGUGGUGUGACCAAUGGCCCGCCUGAAAAGAAAAUGGGCAUUAAAGCCUCCAUCACUACCGAAGUCUACUUUGAAGACGUUAAAGUACCCGUUGAAAAUGUAUUGGGCGAAGUUGGCGAAGGCUUUAAGGUGGCCAUGAACAUUUUGAAUAAUGGCCGUUUUGGUAUGGGAGCCACCAUGUCUGGCACCAUGAAAUACUGUAUUGAAAAGGCCGUCGAUCAUGUUAACAAUCGUGUACAGUUUGGUAAAAAACUAAAGGAUUAUGAAGCUAUAAAGGAGAAGAUUGCCCAAAUGAAUGUACUACAAUAUGCCACUGAAUCAAUGGCAUUUACUAUUUCCCAAAAUAUGGAUUCAGGCAGUCAAGAUUAUCAUUUAGAAGCAGCCAUAUCGAAAAUAUUUGCUUCAGAGGCUGCUUGGAAUGUGUGUGAUGAAGCUAUUCAGAUUUUGGGCGGCAUGGGCUUUAUGAAAGAAACUGGCUUGGAAAGAGUAAUGCGUGAUAUACGUAUUUUCAGAAUUUUCGAGGGCACCAAUGACAUUUUAAGAUUGUUUGUAGCUUUGACUGGCAUACAAUAUGCCGGCUCUCAUUUGAAGGAACUGCAAAAGGCCUUCAAAAAUCCUGCCGCCAAUUUGGGUUUAAUAUUUAAGGAAGCUUCUCGUCGUGCUGCCACCACAGUGGGUAUUGGCGGCACAGAUUUAUCACCCUUUAUUGUAACAGAAUUGCAAGCCCAUGGCAAAGCCACCGCAGAAUGCAUAGACCUGUUUGGCCAAACCGUGGAAUCUCUCCUAAUCAAAUAUGGCAAAAAUAUCAUACAUGAACAAAAUAUCCUUAAUAGAUUAGCUGAUGCUGCCAUCGAUAUCUAUGCGAUGGUGGUGGUAUUAUCACGUUCCAGCCGAGCAGUGCAGCAACAACUAAUCACAGCUGAACAUGAAAUAAACAUGACAAAAGCUUGGUGUUAUCAGGCUAAUGAAAGAUGUCGCACAAAUCUACGAAAUGCUACAUCAAGUGAACAAAUUUUGCAUUAUAAGCAAUUAUCAGAGAUAGCGAAAAAAAUUACAGAAACCGGUGGCGUAAAUACGACACAUGUGAUUGAAUAAAGAAUUCCCGAACGAUAGUAAAUAUUUAAAUGUUUUAUGUAUGUAAUACAGAAAUUUUAAACAAAUUGAAUAGACUUUUUUAACUUAUUUAAGAAAAAACGAUUAUUUUAGUAAUAACUUAUGUUAAUAAAAUGUUGAUUAAACUUAACGAUA